AUCCGGAACCGUCCUAUACCCCGUAGCAAAAGCUAUAUAUAAAAAAUUCUGUACCAACCAAACAGAGCACAAAAAGGUACGACGCCAGAAAGGCCAGAGCCCUCACCACCAAGGAAAAGAUAUGGUCACUCCUUUUACGACUCCGAAGCUCACCUCCCCAUGCUUUCACUCUCUCUUCUGCAGAAAAAUCCCGCUGCCCAUCUACUCUCCUCUCUCUUCAUCGUUUCUCUCUCUGAGUAAAACCCUAAACCCUAACCGUCGCCUUCCUCUAUCUCACUCCAGACAUCAGCGCCGCCACUUCGCCGCGGUUCGUGCGGAGUCCGAUAAUGGCGCCGAGUCUGCCCGAAGAUACGAUUUUGAUCUGUUCACUAUUGGCGCUGGCAGCGGUGGCGUCCGUGCGUCCCGAUUUGCCGCCAAUAUGGGGGCUUCCGUGGCUGUCUGCGAGCUACCCUUCUCCACAAUCUCCUCCGAGACAGCUGGCGGCGUGGGGGGAACGUGUGUGCUUCGUGGAUGUGUGCCAAAAAAACUGCUUGUGUACGCAUCGAAGUAUUCUCAUGAAUUUGAUGAGAGCCAUGGUUUCGGGUGGACAUAUGAUACUGAACCAAAACAUGAUUGGAGCACCUUGAUGGCUAAUAAAAAUGCUGAGUUACAGCGCCUUACAGGUAUCUACAAGAACAUUCUAAACAAUGCUGGAGUGACACUCAUUGAAGGCCGGGGAAAGAUUGUGGACCCACACACUGUUGAUGUUGACGGAAAACUAUAUACGGCAAGACACAUACUAAUUUCAGUUGGGGGACGACCCUUCAUGCCUAAUAUUCCAGGAAUUGAAUAUGCUAUAGAUUCAGAUGUUGCUCUUGACUUGCCAUCAAGGCCCGGAAAAAUUGCAAUAGUUGGUGGUGGUUACAUUGCUUUAGAGUUUGCUGGCAUCUUCAAUGGUUUGAAAAGUGAGGUCCAUGUGUUUAUUCGACAGAAAAAAGUUUUAAGGGGCUUUGAUGAAGAGAUCAGAGAUUUUGUCGCAGAGCAGAUGUCUUUAAGAGGAAUAGAGUUCCACACAGAGGAAUCGCCUCAAGCCAUUGUUAAAUCAUCAGAAGGUUCUCUUUCAUUGAAGACCAACAAGGGAACAGUUGAAGGCUUCUCACAUGUCAUGUUUGCAACUGGACGCAGGCCUAAUACUAAGAAUUUAGGGUUGGAGACGGUUGGAGUAAAAAUGACCGAGAAUGGAGCAAUUGAGGUUGAUGAAUACUCAUGCACAUCAGUUCCUUCCAUUUGGGCAGUUGGAGAUGUUACAGAUAGAGUGAAUUUGACCCCAGUUGCUUUGAUGGAGGGAAUGGCAUUGGCGGACACACUCUUUAAGAAUGAGCCAAGAAAACCUGAUUAUAGAGCUAUUCCGUCUGCCGUGUUUUCCCAGCCUCCAAUUGGACAAGUUGGUCUUACAGAGGAACAGGCUAUACAACAAUAUGGUGACAUUGAUGUCUACACAGCAAACUUCAGGCCCUUAAAGGCCACUCUCUCGGGCCUUCCUGAUCGUGUCUUCAUGAAACUUAUAGUUUGUGCAACAACAGACAGAGUUUUGGGAUUGCACAUGUGUGGAGAUGAUUCAGCAGAAAUUGUGCAGGGAUUUGCAGUCGCAGUGAAAGCUGGCUUGACCAAGGCAGACUUUGAUACCACAAUUGGGAUUCACCCCACUUCAGCUGAAGAGUUUGUCACAAUGAGGACUCCCACUCGGAAGAUUCGCAAGGGCCCUACAUCUGAGGGAACACCAGAUCAUGAGGCUAAAGCUCCCGCGGGAGUAUAACUUGGGGAUUACUGGAUUUAAUCUGUCAACCUGAUGUGCUGCCUUGCUGGUCCUUUAAGGUGCAGACAGCUGCAUUAUAUAUCUUUCAAGUUUAAGUCAUGCCUGCAAUUUGCAAAUACUGGUAGUCAUUAUUUUUUAUUCUUUCGACGAGAGAUCAGAAAUAAUCAUCACUGUUUAACGUUAGCUGUGGUAAUUUUUUGGUGCCAAUUAACUUGCAAUAUGCAUCAAUAGCAAGUUCAUA